GGGAGGAAUAAAGGAAUGAGGGAGAAGAAACAAGGAUGGAUGGAAGGACAAAACAAAAUUUAAAAAAAAGAGGAAUGCAGGGAAAAGUACCAGAUCAAAGAAAAAGACAACAUUAACUGAAAGGAACAAGCAGGGAAGGAGAAGGAAAGAUUUGUAAAGAAACAAGGAGAGGAAGUGGGAUGAGUUCAAGGAAGGCAGAAACGAAUUGAAAGGAAAGGAAGGAAGGACAAAUUUAAAAGAAAGAAUGAAAUGGAAUAACAGACAGACGUGAGGAGGGGGGGCUAUGAAGUGAAGGAAACAAAGACGUGAGACAAAAUGUAUGGGCAAGGACAGAAAUGAGUCAAAAAGAAGAAAGGAAAGAAAAGGAAGCAGUUAAGCCACAAAUGAUGGGAUGCAAGUAAAAAGGGAAAGAGGAAGGAUUGAAGAAAGGAGAAAAAAAUGGAUUAAAGGAGGAAAGAGAUGAGAAAGGACAUGUGGGGGAAAUCCAAACUAAGUUAAAGAAGGAAAUAAGGAAGGUCACGAGGAAAUGGAAGAAAAUGAAUGAUAAGUAGAAAAGGAAUAAGAACGUGGAGUAUGAAGGCAUUAAACCCCACGAAAGAAAGGAAAGAGGGACAAGAGGAAAACCGUAAGGGUGGAUGGAGGUACAAAAAAGGGAGAAAAUAAAUAAAACCUGAAUGAUGAUAAAAGGUAAUGAAGGAGAAGGAAACAAUAAAGGAAACAGCACACACACUGAAUCUGUGGGAGGAACAAAAAGUGAAGAAAUAACUGACAAAGAAGGAAUGAAGGAAAGGUGGAGUGGGUGGGAGGGUGUGAGGAGAUAAGAGCGGGCAGGAAGGAGGCUGAAUGUUUGCUGUAAUCAUCCCCAAUUUAAACAAACAGCCUCUACAGGUCGAGAUACUCGAGUACUCGCCCCCCCUCUGCCUGUCACAUGCCUGAGUUUGUAAUGCUGAGCGUUUGCUCACGCUGAGCCCAACGCUCAGGCUGCUCAACACUCAGUUUAUCACAGUUUGUUCCCCUCGUGGGUCUGUAUGAUGUCAUAGAGAGGGGAUGUCCAUAUCUGGCCUCGCUGAUGGGAAACCCCGCCUGAAGCAUGCAGCAGCUUUUGUAAAAAAAAAAAAAACAGGAACAAACCUGCUUUGAGUGUAUUGGCUCAGGGGGAGGAGCUAACAUAGCGUCCCUCUUUAGGCAGUGGGUGAACAGUGGUGGUGAUGACACCGAGGCCCAGAAUAAGAGAAGGGGAUUAUUGGUGCAAAGCCACUCUAGCAGAGAGCUGAAAUAAGCAGGUUUUGCAUUUCCGAUGGGAUGCUUUCAGUGGGUUCCACCCUGAACACAUGCUUUAAGAAUUUACUCCAACCCCUGCCCACCUGCAGGGGGUGUGGCUCAAAGCAGUGAAGCAUUUGUUUUUAUCACUUUCUCUUGAUUCUCAUUUAAAUUUUUUUUUGGAAGAACACAUAAAAUCAUUCACUGUCAUGUUUGAGCAUCUUCGUCUCCUAGCAACAGACUCCUGUCUGAAUCUUUUUGGAUGUAAACAAUCAACUUCAUACAAAACCUCUGACAGUACGUUUAUUAUUGGCUCGCCCGGUAUUACUGGGUUUGAUCGCUGAGGCUUCCUCCUGCAUCAUGGACGAGUCUGCGUUGGAGCGAUGCUUCGAUGAGUUCAUCGCUAAUGACCCCAGGAGGACAGAGGAUGUCAGCGAGGAGGUCGGCGAGGAGGAGCUGUUUUUCAAGUUAUUGCCUGAUGAGCUCCUGACACUGAACACGGUCACCUGUGACGAUGCAGACAGAAUCUGUAAGAAGGAGGAUCGGACUGCAGAGAGCGGGAUCGCCGGCACGCAGUCACGAGACAGCAGCUCCCAGAAUUCCUCAGCAGAAGCUAAGCCCACGUGUGCGUCCUCCUCGUCUGAACUGAAGGCCCUUCCUGUUAAACCCGGGACCCCGGAGGACCCUGAGACACUGAAGGAGAAGUCGUCGAAUCUCGUCCCAGUGAUAUGUAACGUCAUCUCCACAGUGGACCUGGGCUGCUGUUUGGACCUGAAGUUCAUUGCUCGCAGGAUGUGGAACGUGCAGUACAAACCACAGUAUUUCACAGGGAUCAUCGCUAGGAUCCGGGAGCCAAAAGCAACAGCGACCAUCUUCCGAACUGGGAAAAUCAUCUGCCUGGGAACCAAGAGUGUGGAGGAGUCGCGCCUGGCGGCCAGGAAGUUUGUCCGCAAACUGCAGAAGUUUGGCUUUCCCGUGCGCUUCCUCAACUUUAAGAUCCAGAACAUUGUAGCCUUCUGCCAGACCUUUCCAGUGGAUUUAGCAGAACUGCAGAAGGUCCACAAAGGGCAGUGCAGUUAUGAGCCAGAGUUGCAUAACCGCCUCAUCCUCAACCCGAUUACCGGCAUCAGAGUGUCCUUCAUUUCAGCUGGGUGCAUAAAUGUGUGCGGUGAGCUUGUCCACACGUCACAGUUCAAUUAAAAAUGCUGCCCUGUGGUGAAAACUGACUGAAAAACUGACCUUUGACUUUUGUGGACGUCAUCAUGAGUGUGUGUCCAUGAAAUAUCCCGUGUUACACUCCAGGAGCUAAAACCAGGGCUGAGGUCGACGCAAUCUUUCAAACCAUCUGCAGAAUCCUGAGAGAGUACAGGUGGGAGCGAACAUGCAGCGGAGCUUUGAUUUCAAAGCCAAACUGAUGUUAGAGGCAGACAUGAAUAAACUGACGCAUGAGCGCCACUGCACUCCACUGUAGUUCCUGAUUGCACCACUAGAUGUCAGCACGGCUGCAGGCCGCUCUCAGUCAGUGGUUUAGAGACGUGCAGCUCUCGCCGUGUACCUCGUGUGUGUUUGCAUUACUCACUCACAGGUGAGGUCAGGAUCACCUGAGAAUGAGCAGGAGGCCUCUGGGUGGACGUGACCUGCUGCUCGUCCAUCAGAACGGCCAAAACAAGAGUGAAUAACACGUCACUGCAUCCUGAUAUCCUCUUAAACAGGUUCGUUAUUUACAACCUGCCCUUCAUUACAUCACUCAACAUUCAGUCGGCAUGGAGCUCAGAUUGGACGGUUUGGGGGUUUGGUCGAGUUUCCGUCAUAGUGCAUGCUGGGAAGUCUACUGGGAUCGGCCUCGUUACCUGACGUUUUACUUUGGUGGGCGUGGCUGUGAGCCUCACCUUUCCUGAGGUCAGAUUCACGAUGAGUCAUGAAAACGCGUCAUUUGGUGUGUUCUCUGUGACCCGCUGACCGCGGGGAUGGAGGCCCUUCCUGUCGUGUCUCCAGGGCUGCAUCAGGAGGUGCGGUCAUCCGGCCGCUGACACGCCCAGUCUGCAUGAAAGCAGUGAAUUAUGGGAACACUUUCUCUCCUCUGAGCCUCUAUGUGCUCUUCCUCCACUCACCGUCUGAGGCUCUCAGUCAGUUUCAUCUUUUUUUGAGUUUCACAUUUUGAAAUUUCUUUUUCAGGUUUUUUGGAACAGCGACUGCUCAUCGUGUGCUCGUGACCUCCUCGCCUCUUUGUAUUUGAUCUGCUUGAGCUGUUCGCAUCCUGUCACUCUUGCUCCAUUUGGCUCAUGUCUUUCCCUCUCUAAUAACAUCCUCGACUUCCUCUGAUCCUAAUAAUACCAAACAACAAUCGUCCUGACACUCACACUUCCUGAACUCCCCACUCUCUUUCUUCUUCGACAUCGAUGCUCUGUGUUUGCUUCUCUGGUGGAAACGAGCUGAAAGUCAUGUUUGAAAGUUUUUUUCUGUCCUUGUUUCCAUUCUGUGUCCAAACAGGUUAUUAUGUAACAAUUCUGUUAACAUGGAAAACAAAAUAAAGUCAUAGAGGAAAUAUGCUCAGUUUGGGUAUUUUUUUAUUUAUUAUCACAAACUGCCUGAUGAGCUUAUUCAGAGUCGCUGCUUUUUAAAAGUUUUGUUUAUAUAUUAUAUUGCCUCUGACAUUUACCACAAACUCAAACUAGAAAUCCCACUCGGGAGACUGAAACUGAAGGGAAUGUUUAAAAACAUUUGAAAUGAAUGAAAAUAAAAAUAAGAAAACAAACAGUAAUAAAGCUUGUCUGAACAGAACAAACUGUCUGUUUUCUCCCCAAAAUCCAAAUGUCUAAAAAACAGAAACAUUUUCUGAAUGAAUCCACGUUUCUGAACUGAGCCGGCAGCAGGAGGAGGUCGGGGUCGAUGGAGGACAUAAAAAGACCUUCAGUGACGGCGUUUCAUGUUUUUCUGAGUUCUGCAGCUGUAAAGUCUGACAGUUAAAUUCAAUUUAUUUAUACAGCGCCAAAUCACAACAACAGUCGCCUCAAGGAGCUUUAUAUUGUAAGGGAGACCCUACAAUAAUACAUA